AUGAAAAGACGAGUACAAUUCGCAGAAGAUUCAAAAGAUCAAGAGUCAACACAACAACGAGUUAAAAGAAAUAGGUUUGAGAGAGAUGGUGAUGAGAAUGAGGAUAACGACGAAUUUGAAUUACCUGGAACUUCCAAAGCUGAUAAAAAGCAUACUUUAGAUUCAGAUGAGGAAGACAAUGUUAAUGAAUAUGAGAGGUUGGACAUGCAAAAAGUAGAAGGCCAAGAAGAUGCAACACAAGAAUAUGAAGGAGAAAUAAAAAUAAUGCCCUUUAACAUGAAUGAUGAUUUAGAAGAAGGUCAUUUUGACGCUUUUGGUACUUUUAUUUACAAUAAAAAAGAGGCAGCUAUAAAAGAUGCCUGGCUAGAUAAUAUUGAAUGGGAUAAAGCAAAGGACGCUGCUGGGGAAAAAUGGGGAAAGUUAGACGAUGAAGUAAUAACAAAUGAGAAGGAGGACGAUUUGGAAUUAAAAACAAUUUAUUCAAAAUUACUUGAGUUACUUGGAGUUGGGGAAACUAUUGAUGGAGCUUUAAAGAAAUUAAACAGUCAGAAAGGUCUCAGUGCUUCAGAGGAACGCAAAAGGCGUUGGGCAGCCAAAAAGACGGGGAAUACCUCUUUACCUAUUCAAAAUGAUUCAAUUCAAAAUAAAAUUGCGGAAUUAACAUCCCUCGCAGAUUCAUUAAUUUCUCUUGGCCAUAUGGAAGCUUAUCAACUUUCUCCAGUAAAAAUUCAAAAAAUGAUUGAAGAAUUGGAACCUAAAGCUGAUGAAAAUAAUACAGCAAAAGAAGCAACUGUUGAUAUGUUUGCUGAAUAG